CUCCUCCUCCUUUUCACGGCGGACGGUGACGAGCAAAGUUCAAUUCGGAGACCGAAUAAGACACGACGAGCCACGUUAUACAGCUGAAGCUAAGUUUUAAACUGCCAAUUUGCUUUGUUUCGUUCACGUUCUUAGUUAUUAUUUUUGUCAGAUGCCAAAAGAUCUGCUUUUCUUACCGUUCUUUUCCCAAAUUUUUGAACUUAAAUAUUUUCUGACAAAAAUCUAAAAAAAGAAAAAAGCUCUUUCACGCUGUUCUGUUUACAAUUCAGUCGAUUGUUAACCUCAUUUAAGAUUUCUUCCAAAUUGCCUCUGAUUCGAUCAGGAUGUCGGCGGCUCACGCAUGUUUUUGACGUCCAAAAAGUGGCUGAUGUGCAGAAGUCUCUUUUGUUUCUGGCCUAAAUAAGAGGCUCGAAUCUGAAGCUACUUUUGCACUUUUCAACUCCCCAGAAGGCUAUGUGUGCUUUCUAAAUUUAGUUUAGACAACUAUUUUCUUCCAGGAUGUCUCACACACGCCCGUGAUGUUGAGCAGGACUUGAUGAUGAUGAUGAUGAUGGAGAUGGUGAUGAUGGUUUGGUAGGUGCACCUUGCACAUCCAGAAUGAGCCAGGGCCCCAACCUAGUACUGGAGUGGCUGUCCCGGCUUCACUUAGCCCAAUACGUGGAGGCCUUCCUGGACAAUGGCUACGACGACCUGGAGGUCUGCAAGCAGAUCGGCGGGCCCGACCUGGAUGCCAUUGGUGUUCGCGUGGCGUAUCACCGCCAUCGACUGCUGGACGCCGUCCGACAGCUUAGGGACUCGAACAGCAGCCAAGUGCCGGGGUACUACUUCACGCUGGAACCCAGACAACAGAUGGAGAACCAGAGAACCCCGUCCAAAACGAGAGAGGGGAUGCAACGGCCGACCUGUCCCGGGAAUCGCAACCCUCGGGUGACGGAUUGUACUGGCUUUGUUACAUAUCCCAAGCUCAAACUCAAGGUCCUCAUAAGACACAAACUGGCCAAUGAUGGGAUUGACCUCGGAAAAGCACCGUACAGUCUCAAGGAUGGCUCUGCGGGGACGCUUGAUGAUCUGGCCCAGGAAUAUUCUCGAUAUUACGGAACCUACCUCAGUGACGUGUGCGAAAGGAUGGAAGAGCUGCGCCGACGAAGGCUGGUGAAGGAUUCGGACGUUUUGGGAAAGCAUGAUUCAGGGGCCGCAUUGCUGCUGCUACGCUCGCAAAUUCAGGAAUCGCUUGGACUCUGCAGCACUUCUUCCACUCCGGAGACUGACAGGAAGUUUCCUAACCCUUUGGACGAUGGGUCAGGUGGAGGGAAAUGGAGAAAGGGAAAAUCCUUUUGGAGCACUCUCAGAAAGACACCAAAAGAAGCUCCUGAGCGCCACCUUGCAAAAGGUGAUUUGGUGGACUUCGUGGCCAGCGAGAUCACCAUGAGUGAUGAAGAGCGCAUCCAGCUGAUGACGAUGGUCAAGGAGAACAUGAUCUCCAUUGAGGAGGCGCUAGCAAGGUUGAAGGAGUUUGAAACACAGGCGAGACAAGAGUGCAGUUCAGAACCAUCCAAGUGCGCUGAUGCUUCACAGUCAACCGACGAGUCUUUGAGCGACAGUCUUUGCGAACUGUCUGACACGGAACCAGAAGAACGGCUGACAUUCAGGCGACUCCACAAGCUGGUGAACUCCACACGCAAGGUGAAGAACAAACUUAUCAGGAUUGAGCAGAUGGACAAAGAAGAGCAGAUUGUGUGCCCCGUGGACUCUCUGACAUCCGCACGAAGUCACGGCAAGGAAGUUGGACUUGAGACCGUGGGGGCUCCCGUGGGCAGUCCUCAGUGCAGCGGGGAUGUGCCCAAGCAGGACCAGGCGGGCAACACCGUCAUUGACAAACACCACCAUUACAGCGAGGAGGCCAAGAUGGCGAGAUCAGUGACGGAUGAAGGGCUGCGACAUCGGCUUCUGAGCCACAGUGGGAGAGCCUGCAGUUUUGGAGGAUUUGACGUCACCAACCGCUCAGCACACGCAGGCCAACACACUGGCGAGGAAGGUGUCAAGUCACCCCAGAUCACUCGUGUCUCACUGGGUAAGAAAGUCAAGUCUGUGAGGGAGACUGUGAGGAAGCACAUCAGCAAGCAAUAUCAAGCUGCUCUAUCAUAUCAGUCGAGUCGAGACGGCGUUUCCAGCUGCCCUCAGUCACCUCGCUUGAACCCUUGUGUGGAGAAAGCCAAGAUGAAGCCUGGAGGCUCAGUGGAAAGCCUAAGGAGUUCCCUCAGCGGCCACAGCUCCAUCAGCGGACGGAUGGCUGGCACUGCUGAAUGGUCUGACAGCAACCGAGAGAGUGUCAAGUCGGAGGAAGGGGAUGAGGACGAGGCGGCUUACUGCGGGCCUUUCUGCGGACGUGCCCUGGUUCACACCGACUUCACGCCCAGCCCUUACGACACAGACUCCCUCAAACUCAAGAGCGGCGACGUGAUUGACAUGAUCAGCAAGCCCCCCAUGGGCACAUGGAUGGGCAUGCUGAAAGGCAAAGUGGGGACAUUCAAAUUUGUCUACGUGGACGUGCUGGACCCGGAGCUGACCGAGCCAAAGGAGAGCCGGUCCGGACGUGCCGGGGCACGGCUGCCCAAACCGCAGUCGUUGGAGCAGCUUCUGGAGCGCCUCCACCUACAAGAGCACCUCCCCGCUCUGCUGUUCAACGGCUACGACGACCUGGACACCUUCGGACUGCUGGAGGAGGAGGACCUGGACGAACUGCUGGUCAGCGACCCCCGGCACAGGGCCGUGCUUCUGGCCGCCGCACGGCUGCUGCGCAAUUAUGACAGCAGCAGCAAUCCUGAUCCUGUCAGCUUCCUCGACAUUGAAGGUCCCGUGUCGGACGGCCACUCCGUGGCAGGAGACUCCCCGAGAGAUUCGGGCUGCUUCGAGAGUAGUGAACCCUUGGACAACAUGGGGGAUGCCAGCCUAUGAAGUAUUGGCCUUCAUUCUCCUUCUCGUGGAACAGUCUUCUCCUUUGCAUGGACUCCUCCUUCAGGCAGGAGAGUGCCUUUGUGAGUUCAGGUGUAUGUAAAUAAUAAAAUGUACAGAGUUUUGUGGACAUUUAUUACUCCGGUGUAGCCAUAUUAUCAAAUUUCAGGAGAGGGCAGCCUUAAAUUUGGGUAUAAAUACAAAAUAAUACAAAGUGACACUCACCUACACACAAUUAGUCAUCUUUGGCUAUGUUGUAGUUAUGGUUUCAGUCAGCGGGGCAUAACAUUGCCAACUAAGGCUGCUAUGAUUAAUUGGCAGCUAAAUUGAUGACUAAAGUUUUGAUAGUCAAUCGUUUUGAGACUGUUAUCGAAUUUAUUUAUUUUUUGUUCUGUAAAAAAAAAGGGGUGGUGAAUAAUGUCUUUUCAUUAAUUUUCUAAAGUCUUGUUUUUUAACUCAAUUUGCUGCUAUUGACACCCCUAGAAAUCCAAUCAAUUUUGACUGAGAAUGGCAACCAUAUGCUGCCAACCUGUUUUCCCAGUUUGAAUUGCGUACAGACAUGCAAUGAGUUAAAUAAAGGGGGUUAGGGACACCAAAUUGUCUCAAAUUUAAAAAUGCAAACAUUUCGCUUUUAAUAAAUGAAAACAAGGGAAAAUGGCAAAUAGUGUCAUUUUUUAAACUAACAUUUAAAGAUGAAAACGAAAACUGCUAGUAAUUACCUGAUUUAUGUAAUGCUCAAUCGUGCAUUGAGGCCUACAGAACUUUAUUUGCAUUUUCUUUUCGCAAGGCACAUGCAUUUGACACACGAUUCAUCUGUAUAUUUGCGGGCCACACAAAAUGAUGUGGCAGGCCAGCCCUGGUACCCGGGCCUUGAGUUUUACGCCUGUGAUUUGAAGGGACAGACAACACCUUUAUCGUGCAUUCCAGUGGAAAGAGUCAUGUUUAUUAAAAUGGAAAAAAAUACAAUAAAAUCUUUUUUUAUA